UUUUGUUAAAUAGCUUAUUAUAAAUAAAUAUUGAAAUUGCUUAGUAUUGUCUAACUAUGGGUCUUUUUAUCAUCUCUUUCACCACACUAUUUACAUUAGUAACAACGAUGUUGAGGAUUGAAAUAGUUUGCCGAUAUGGUUGAUUCUGAAGAAGAGAAGGGGGAGGACAAAGUUUCCCAUGAUGAUGAGAGAUUGAAUUUUAAUAUAAGUAAAGAAUUAGAAAAGCAUUGUAAAGAAAUCGAAUCAAUAUACCAAUUAUUAUCCCAUAAAUUAGACGCUGUAAGUUCUGCCCACUCCAUUCCAAAACCUGCUGAAAAAGAAGUUGAUAUUAAAGUCAAUACUUCAACAAUGUAAAAUGCUCAACGCUCAUCAAUGUCAAAUACAACCACAUUAGCACCACAAGAAAUUUAUAAGCCCACU